AUGAAAUUUAUUACACUCGCUGCCCUUUCUGCGCUUGUUGCAAGCACUUACGCUACUGAUGGUCUCACAGACUGUUACUGGGAAGGUACUGUCCAAUAUUGUUACUAUGAGGGUGAAUUAGGUGUCGUUGUGCCAUCUGCUUCUCCAGAUUCGGGAGUUACCUCUUACGCUACCUGUUACACCAAAGUCGGAAAGAUCAUCUGUUUGAACGAUAGAGAUGACAAGGUUGUCUGGUACGAAGGUACUGAUGCUGCGUCUGUGGCUUCGACUGCUACUGCCAAUGAUUACACUUAUACUGGCUCCACCUCUGCCAAUAGUGCUUCUUCGACUGGUACUACUUCUGCUAGCACUAUUGUUGCUAGUACUACUGCUAUAGGUUCGAACUCCACCACAGACAGUACUACUUCCAGCUCGGACUCAAGCUCAACAUCUGCUGCUGCAAGUUCAUCAGCAUCCUCUUCGGCUGCUAGUGGUUCUAUCAUGGGAGUCCCAUCUGCCUUAGGUGCUUUAUUAGCCGUGGCACUCGCUUCUUUGUAUUAA